AAUUAGUGAUAACCAAGUCAUUUCACAUAAACAUCCAAACAAAGCCUUAAAUUAAGACCGUACUCUCUGCCCAAUUUUUAAAUACAUACAUAAUUGAGUUGCUACCAAAACCCCAAUCGAGAAAGUAUCAGAUCAAAACAAUGGCGGAACGCAAGAAGAUCAUCAUCGAUACCGAUCCCGGCAUUGAUGAUGCGAUGGCGAUUUUUCUGGCGUUGCAAUCGCCGGAAGUUGAAGUAAUUGGUCUGACUACUAUUUUCGGCAAUGUCUAUACUACCCUCGCCACCAGAAAUGCUUUGCACUUGUUGGAGAUUGCUGGAAGGACAGAUAUUCCCGUGGCUGAAGGAUCUCACGUGACCAUCACUAAAGGUACGAAGCUACGAAUUGCUGAUUUUGUUCAUGGUACGGAUGGACUGGGAAAUCAAAAUUUUCCUCCGCCCAAAGGGAAGCAAAUUGAUCAAUCUGCCGCAGACUUUCUUAUCCAACAAGCUGCUCUUUACCCAGGGGAGGUCACUGUGGUGGCUUUAGGGCCUCUAACAAAUAUUGCACUGGCUAUACAGUCAGAUCCUUCUUUUGUUAAAAAUGUUGGUCAAAUUGUCCUUCUUGGUGGUGCGUUUUCAGUCAACGGAAAUGUGAAUCCGGCAUCUGAGGCAAAUAUUUUUGGAGAUCCCGAUGCUGCGGAUAUUGUAUUCACAAGUGGAGCUGAUGUUCUAGCUAUAGGAAUCAACGUCACCCAUCAAGUUGUUCUGACUGAUGCCGAUCGAGAGAAGCUGGCAAAAUCGAGUGGAAAGUUUGCGCAGUAUAUUUGCAAGAUUUUAGAUGUGUACUAUUCUUACCAUCAUGAUGCCUAUAGCACAAAAGGUGUUUAUCUUCACGACCCAACAACUGUUCUUGCAGCUGUCGACCCUUCAUUGAUAACCUAUGUAGAAGGUGUCGUCCGUGUUCAGACAGUGGGCAUCACUAGGGGUCUCACAUUAUUCUAUAACAAGCAGAAAAGGUUUGCGGAAGUUACUGAAUGGUCUGAUUUACCGACAGUCAAGGUUGCAGUUACGGUUGAUGCUUCUAGAAUGGUUGAAUUGGUGAUGGAGAGGCUCAUGCACUCGUAAAUUUGCUUGGAUAUAACUCUGUAAUUUAUUUUCUUUUUUUCCUUAAUCUGUAUCUGGUUUUUAUAUAUUAAAUCUGGUUCUGCUCUUUUAAUCUCAUUAAGAUUAAAACCAACAUUCCUCGACUUUGAAAUUGUAAAUCUAUAUCAGCUACAGAUGGAAUGACCCAUGAUCAUUACACUUCUUUGUUUAA